AUGUUUUCAGAUAAGUUUUCAACUCCAUUUUACAACCAUUCUUUUCGACUUAAACUGCCAACAAUUAUUAAAAGCAAAGAGGACAUCAAAAUAAUUUAUCAUUAUCUAAAUAAAUUAUUUAAUUGUUCUUUUGAAUAUGCUUCCUUUCAAAAUUUUAUAUUAAAUCAAGAAUUAAUUCAAUUAUUAUUUGGAAAUGCUAAAAUUCCUAAACAAUUAUAUAUUCAAAAAUGCGAUAUAAUUAUUAAUGACUACGAUAAUGAAGAUUUAUUUCAAUUUAUUUUGAACCAUUUAGCUUGUAAAAUUCUUGGUUUUGGCCUUCUUUUAUCCAAAGAAAUGGGAAAAUAUAAAGAUUAUUUAUUUAAAAUUUUAACAAAAAGAGGAGAUAAUUUUAAAGAAAUUAAUUUGUUGUUUAUUAAUUCUAGAAGAAAUUUGGAUUCUGAUAUGAUUGUUACAUUUUAUGAUCAGAUUGUCGAAUGUAUAGCAACAUCUACAGAUUGUUCAAAAAUAGUGCCUGAUAUUACUAUUGAGUUCUCCCAUUCUACAAGUCUUAAAUUAAGUGAAAAAGCAGAAAAAGUUGAAAUUAAGCAAUUAAAUGGAGUUAAAUAUAAAAAUUAUCAAAUUUCCAAUAUUCACAAUUCAAAAGUUAGAUUCUCAUUUUGCAAUGAAGAAAGGGACAUUGACUUUUUGGUGCUUGACGUUAAAAUCAAAAUAAUGAAAGAGUAG